UGAUCUCCUUCUUUCUUAAAUUACCCACUCCACAAAACAUGAGUAGCUUGGUAAUUUAUCAGUAUAAUCAAUCUGAAUCUUUCUCGUCUCAAAUGUCGUGAGUCAACACAGAAGGUUUUCUUUUCACCGAAGAAAAGAAUCAAAACAUAACCGAAUUUACAAUUAUGACGGAAAAUAAGCGGCGAAUCUUUGCCGUCUAUAAAAAGCUAAACUCCAUACUUCUCCGUCACCACGAAGAAAGAAGAGGAGAGUCUAGAGACGGCGAGAGAUGACGGAGGUCGCAGUAACGGAGGGUAACGGCGUCGUUGAGCGUCACGAUCUCAAGUCGAUCCUCUCCGGCGAGGGGAGAGAUUUCCUCGUUAGGAAUAACGGCGAUCAGGUCAAGGUAAGCAAUCUCGAGGGGAAGGUUGUUGGUCUCUACUUCUCGGCCUCAUGGUGCGGUCCCUGCCGCCGAUUCACUCCAAAAUUGGUUGAGGCAUAUACUGAGCUCUCCUUGAAGAAUGCUGACUUCGAAGUUGUGUUUGUCUCAGCUGAUGAGGAUGAAGAAUCUUUCAACAAAUACUUUUUUGAUAUGCCUUGGCUUGCCAUUCCUUUCUCAGACUCUACUACCCGUCAGCAACUCGAUGAGCUUUUCACUGUACAAGGGGUACCCCAUCUCGUGGUUCUUGAUAAAAAUGGUGAGAUUGUUAAUGAUGAGGGUGUUGAGGCUGUGGAAGAAUAUGGAUCAGAUGCUUACCCAUUCACUCAAGAGAGGAUUGAAAAGAUGCAAUCAGCGGCAAAGGCUGCCAAAGAGAACCAAACACUUCAAAGUGUCUUUAUUUCUCCCUCUCGUGACUUCUUGGUUUCAAACAAUGGAAAUAAGGUACCUGUGUCAGAGCUUGAAGGGAAGAUUGUGGGUCUGUACUUCUGCUUGAACUCAUAUGGUGCAUGCAGAAAAUUCACCCCAAAGCUUGUGGAGAUGUACGGGAAAGUAAAGGCCAGUGGACAUAACUUCGAGGUUGUCUUGGUCUCACUAGAUGAUGAGGAGGAAUCCUUCAAGCUGGGAUUUGAUGGCAUGCCUUGGCUUGCGAUCCCCUUCAAGGACAAGACUUGUGAAAGGCUCGUUCGUUACUUUGAGCUCGAGGCUAUCCCAACUUUUGUUGUUAUUGGUGCUGAUGGUAAGACACUUGUUUCCAAUGCUGCGGAUCUGGUGGAAGAUCAUGGAGUCGAGGCUUUCCCCUUUUCUCCAGAAAAGUUGGAGGAGCUUGCAGAGAAGGAAAAGGCAAAAAUGGAGGCCCAGACCCUGGAGUCUCUUCUUGUUUCAGGGGAGCGAGAUUAUGUUAUAGGAAAAGAUGGCAUCAGGGUUCCCGUCUCUGAACUUGUGGGCAAAAACAUCCUCCUCUACUUCUCUGCUCUUUGGUGUCCCCCUUGUCGUGCAUUUCUCCCAACACUCACUGAUGUCUACAACAAGAUCAAAGCCAAAGACCCAAACUUUGAACUUGUCUUCAUAUCCAGCGAUCAAGACCAGAAGUCUUUUGAUGACUACUACGCAUCAAUGCCAUGGCUCGCUAUCCCCUUUGGCGAUGAUAGAAAGGAAUCACUUUGCAAAACCUUCAAAGUCUAUGGCAUUCCAUCCUUAGUGGCAAUUGGACCAACGGGAAAGACAGUAACAACGGAGGCGAGAGAUUUGAUAAUGGAACAUGGAGCAGAGGCUUACCCGUUCACUGAGGAGCAUCUAAAGGAGUUAGGGUUGAAUGAGGAGGACGACGAUGACGACGACGAUGACGAUGAUGACGAGAUGAAGAUUGAGAAGGAGGGAUAUGUAUGUGAUGGGGAUGUGUGCCGCAAAGCUUAGUAUGAGGGAUUUGGCUUACGUUUGUGAUAGUUUAUGGUACAUAAUUUGUAUAUGUAUUGUGAUAGGAGGAAUAAGCUUGCUCCUUAGAUUUUGAGCAAUGAUGUGUGAUAUGUGAUAUGGAAGCUAAAGAGACUGCUGAGGGGGCACACUUGUUUUUUAGACGGUUUGUACCAAAUUCAGCUGCUUCGAAAGGGUGUUUCUGAAAAAUUAUGUGAUGUAUGAUUUCUGUAUGUAUUUCUACCUGUCCUGCAAGAAUGUUUGGUUUGGAGUCCAGCCAUGUUAUGUUGAUAAUAUGGUAAACAGCUAGAAUAUCUCCAUGUCAAGGUGUAAUAUCUCUUGCUGUAACCGUCUUCUCUUUUUUCUGACACCGUGUUGAUCGGCUGUACAUGUUCCUUAAUAAAGCAUAUUUUGUUGGGAACUGUCACA